AUGUUAAAUAAUGAUAUUGGAGAUGUAACAACUAGUAUUAAUUUUGAUAAUGAUUGGCGAUAUAUUCGUUCAUCGCACGCAACAUCAUAUGAUCAUGAAUUAACUUUGUUUUCAUAUAAUGAUGAAGAUUGGACCACAAUAAAAAUACCUCAUUAUGAGAAUAACAAAUCACAAAAAUUUUCGUCAGUAUGUGUUUCAUAUUGGUAUAGAAAACGAUUUAAUUUAAAACAAAUAUUUGCUCCAGAUCAACAUGUCUACUUACAUUUCGAAUCCACAUCUAAAGAAAACAAAAGAAAUAAAAAUCAACUCGAUCUAAAAAUACCUGCUGUUACUAUAUGGUUGAAUGAAAAUAAAAUUUUUCAUGAUACACUUCCUCAACCGGUCAGUUUAACUGGAUAUUUAAGAAAUGAUUUCGAAAAUUUACUUGUAAUUUAUUCUAAAUACGGAUAUCGCCUUCGUUUACAAGCACGUUUAGUUUCGCCGCGUCAUUUAUCUGGCCAAAUUGAUCUCAAUGAACUUCAUAAUAAGCCAUCAGAAAAACAGCAGAAAAAAACACUUGAUUAUGCGGCAAGUUUCAAUGAUACCAAUGGACGUAUUGAUGUUUUUAUUCAGAAUCUAACGAAAUACGUUGAAAACAAUGAUAUCGAUAUUAAUGAAAAUGCAAAAUUAGAUGAUAUUAAAAAUGACGAAAAUGUCAAAGCACAAUCAAUAACAGACGAUCCCGUACCUCGUGUUGCUAUUUUAAUACUUAUCGUUGGUACACGUGGUGAUGUUCAACCAUUUAUUGCUCUUGGAAAAGCUCUUCUUGCAUGUGGUCAUCGUGUUCGAAUUGCAACACAUGAAGUUUUCAGAAAAUUUGUUCGAGAAAAUGGUAUUGAAUUUUAUCCAUUAGCUGGUGAUCCAGCUGAUCUUAUGUCGUUUAUGGUUAAAAAUGCUGGUAUUGUGCCAUCAAUAAGUAGUAUUGUUGCAGGUGAUAUUACUAAACAUCGUCGUAUUAUUGCUGAUAUACUUGCAUCGACAUGGAAAGCAUGUGUAGAAGAUGACGAUGAAACAGAUGUAUCAUUCGUUGCCGAAGCUAUCAUUGCCAAUCCACCAUCAUUCGGUCAUAUACAUUGUGCACAAAAAUUACAAAUACCUUUACAUAUGGUAUUUACGAUGCCAUGGUCACCAACUGUUCAGUUUCCUCAUCCUCUGUGUAAAAUAGAUUACAAUCGAGCAUCCAUUGAAAGAAUCAAUAUAUUAUCGUAUCAUUUAGUUGAAAUAUUUACAUGGUCUAGUAUGCAUAAUAUCAUCAAUGAAUUUCGUAAGAAUGUUCUUGGCUUAGCACCGUUGCAUAUGCGUCAAGCUGUUCGUUUGAUGAUUGAUGAACGUGUACCACAUACAUAUUGUUGGUCACCUUCACUUGUUCCUAAACCAGCUGAUUGGCCUUCACACAUUGAUAUAUCUGGAUUUUUCUUUCUUGAUCUUGCAACGAAUUUCACUCCACCUGAAGAUCUCGUUCGAUUUCUUGAAUCAGGCGAUCCACCAAUUUAUAUUGGUUUCGGUUCGAUUACUGGUCACGAUUCUCAACGAAUCUUACAUGUUGUACUUGAGGCUUUGAAAAUCAGUGGAUAUCGAGCUAUAUUAUCUGGAUUGGUUAAAGACACUGAUGAAUUACCUGAGAAUAUUUAUGGUAUUGGCAACUGUCCUCAUGAUUGGCUUUUCCAACAUGUAUCAGCUGUGUGUCAUCAUGGCGGUGCAGGUACAACUGCAGCUGGUCUUCGUGCUGGAAAACCUACUAUUGUUGUACCAUUUUUUGGUGAUCAAUUCUUUUGGGGAGCAAUGAUUAAUAAAAUUGGUGCUGGUCCAGUGCCAAUUCCGGGCAAAACGAUAACAGCAAAACAGUUAGCUGCUGCAUUCAAAUUUGUACAUGAUCCAGAUGCACAAGCUGCUGCCUUAAAAAUAAGUUUGAAUGUUCAAAAUGAAAAUGGUUGCGAAGCUGCUGUUCGAUCGUUUCAUGCUCAUUUACCCUUGAAUAGAAUGCGCAGCUAUUUUGAACCAUCCUUCGUUGCACGUUUUCGAUUAAAUGAAUAUGAUUUACGAAUUUCUCGCCCUGUAACUCAAGUACUUAUUGCUACUCGAGCAAUACAAUUAUCUCAACUAUCGUUACAUUAUAUUCACGAUUGGCAUACAAUACGAUAUGUUAGUCGCCCUGAAACAUCCAAUUGGAGUUUUAAACGAGUAAUGUCAAGAUUUACAUUUUCAAAUAAAAUCGCAAAUCGAUCCAAGAGUGCAAGCAGUUUGGACAUCAACAGAUCGCAUAGCACCGCAACUAUUCAAAAAUACGACGUAUUGAGUUUAGAACGUUCGUUUAAAGAUAGUUUACCAUUUUAUGGUAAAUGUAAAGAAUACCCUCAAGAAAAACAUGAUAAAGAUUUGCAAGCAGCAAAGACACCUAAAGUUGACGUUCAUUAUGAUCUCACGAGUAUUGUUUUCCGAUCUCCCCUUUAUAUACGUCCACAAAAUACUACUGUUUUAUCUUCAACAGCUAGCGUUAGAUCCGUAGACAAAAAUAGUAAAACAAUGCGAAUAAAUAAAACAUCAUUUUUCAAAUCGCCUUAUCAAAAUAAUCAAACUCAAAUUACACGAAGACCACAAACAAGUAGCAAAACUCAACGUACAAUAACAACAGCUAAACCAAAGCCUUCAGUCAAAUUAAAAGAUACAAUUAUUAGUAAAUCUCCAGAGCAAGACGCUGCAAAUAAAUCUGGUUUAUCGAUUGAUCUUUGCAAAGAAAUAUUAGCUGACUUCAAAAAAGUUCAAUAUGAUCAAUAUCAUACAAAAGCUAAUGAUAGAUCAACAACUCAAAUCAUGACUCCUAUUCCAUUUAGUUCAAAUAGACGACGUAGUCGUUCAUCAGUGAUUCAUUGA